AUGUCUCGUCUCGGCUCUGCCGGCGGCGAGGCGCAGGCGGCGCCCGAGCUCGACACGUGCAGGUACGUACCCCUCCCCCCGCCCCGCCCCGCCCCGCCCCGAGCAGAGCCCGCACUAACCGCCCGCCCCCGCAGCCGCCUGGCGGACACGCCCGACCUCGUGCUGGACCUGCCGGCGCGCGCCGCCGACGCGGCCGACGCCUUCGCGCUCAACCGCGACACGCUCCGCAGGCGGCCCGCGGCCGGGCGCGCGCCGGAGCCCGGCGGCAGCCCGGUGCCGGCGCGCAACACGCUGCGCGUGGCCGCCAAGUUCGCGGAGCUGACGCUGACGGGCGGCUCGCUGAAGCCGGCGCUGGCCGCCAAGCCGGCGCUGCUGCGGCGCCCCACGCCGCACCCGCGCGCGCCCGCCGCGCCGCCGCCCGCCGCGCCCGACGCGCCGCCCUAG